AUGGAGGAGGACAAGGUUGAGUUUCGUGCUUUGAAGCUCAAGUUUGCCACUUUCUACCGCCGCAUGACUACCACUAAGCCUGUGUUCAGAUAUAUAAACCACCCAGCGGCACAAUUUCCAAUUAAGCAAACUUCAACUUGCAGUGAGAAGCACUUAAUUGCUGAAGAGGUGGAGAGGCAAUCAGAUAUUUCUAGAUGGCCAAUUUACUCUCAUGCACAACACUUUGCCAUUCUUGCUUUUGAGUGGUACAACUCUACCAAGAAAACGGUGAGUGCCAUGAGAUGGUGA